AUGAGUUAUCCGAGGCAUUAUCCCGUUGCCUGUCCCGAUGGUUUAUCAGCAGAUUCAGGAUCACCUGUCCCUAUGGCCGCUCCAGUAACAGUGCCUGCUGACCUUUUCCAGCCUGUCGGUACCAUACUCGCGACUGAGAUUCAGCAGUCCCAGGCAUGUCCGAUGAGCCUAUUCGGGAUGUGCACGGUUAUGCAGAUGCCAGGCCACAACGGUAUGGGUGGCACUGCCGAUACUUUCUCCCUGGGACAACCUCUCUGGGCUCCAUUUUUGCCGAAGAUGGGAUUCCAGCAUAUGCCCAGUCAGUGUGGUGAAACCACUGCAAUGCAAUUGCAGUUGAAAAAGGAGACGAGAUUCAUGAAAUUGGAGAUUCAAUCCGGGAGUUCGUGGAUCCUUUGA